GAUCACCCCGCGUGUGUUGGGGUAAUCGAGGAGUCUGAAAGCCACAGUGUCCGGCGGCGACGGUUACGCACAGGCUUGCAGCCGCCUCUGUGCGUGCGGAGGAGAGGCGUCCACCAUGCUCUUCCCCUCGGAGAGCUCCUGCAACAACACGGGCAAAAAAUGCACCGAGCUGUUCAACUUCACGCAGCAGCUGGAGACCGGUGCCGCCGCGGACGCUGGGAACAUCAGCGGGAGGAGAAACGCCACCGACCUGUUUGGACGGAACGAAGAGGUGGCCAAGAUCGAGAUCACCGUCCUGAGCCUCGCGUUUCUCGCGGCCGUGGUGGGGAACCUGAGCGUGCUGCUGGCCAUGUAUAAAACCCGGCGGAAACCUUCGCGCAUGCACCUGUUCAUGAAACACCUGAGCCUGGCGGACCUGGUGGUGGCCUUCUUCCAGGUGCUGCCGCAGCUGUGCUGGGAGAUCACCUUCCGUUUCUACGGGCCGGACUUUCUGUGCCGCAUCGUGAAGCACCUGCAGGUGCUGGGCAUGUUCGCCUCCACCUACAUGAUGGUGAUGAUGACCCUGGACCGGUACAUCGCCAUCUGCCACCCGCUGCAGACGCUCCAGCAGCCCACGCAGCGCGCGUACAUCAUGAUCGGCUCCACCUGGGCGUGCAGCCUGGUCCUCAGCACCCCGCAGUAUUUCAUCUUCUCCCUGAGCGAGGUGCACCCCGGCUCGGCCGUCUACGACUGCUGGGGACACUUUAUGGAGCCGUGGGGUCUGCGCGCGUACAUCACCUGGUUCACGGCCGGAAUCUUCUUCGUGCCGGUGGUCGUGCUGGUGUUCUGCUACGGAUUCAUCUGCCGCACAAUCUGGAGGAACCUCAAAUACAAGACCCGGAGAAAGAGCGUGGGCGCGGUGGCGGAGGCCACUAAGGACGGGAUCCUGGGCAGGAACUCGGUCAGCAGCGUCAGCACCAUCUCGCGGGCCAAAUUACGCACGGUGAAGAUGACUUUCGUGAUUGUGGUGGCAUACGUGCUGUGCUGGGCGCCGUUCUUCACCGUGCAGAUGUGGUCGGUGUGGGACGAGACCUUCUCCUGGGACGACUCUGAGAACACCACCGUGACGCUCUCCGCCCUGCUGGCCAGCCUCAACAGCUGCUGCAACCCCUGGAUCUACAUGAUCUUCAGCGGCCACCUCCUCUCGGACUUUGCCGGCAGCCUGCCGUGCUACCGCCGGCUCAGGAGCAGGUUCGGCCACCAGGAUUCGGAUAGCAGCAUCCGCCGGACAACGCUGCUGACCCGCUUUCAGGGUCCACGCCUUUCGGAGCCGUUCAGAGACCUCAAUCCCAUCCCUAAAAACUAUCCGCAGGUCCCAUCUGCAUCCUGACCACCGGAAACGCCGUCUGUGUGUGUGUCUGCUUAGCUAAGACGACACAGAAAACAUGAGCUGUUUAAAUCUGCUGGUCUGCAGCAGAGAAGGAAGGUAUGAUCUCAUCUGAAGGUGCGGUCGCACCUACGGUUUUUUUCUCUUUGGUCCAAACCAGAGUGGAAAAGUUUACUCCGUGGCAGUUUUUGAUGUUGGUUUGUUUAGGUUCACACUGCUGUUGGAAAAAAAGGUUUUAGUAACUCGUUUCAGUCCGCUGGGUUGGAUCCUUUGGCGUGUAAAACAAAUCCAGCCACUUUAACUUCAGCUAUUAGCAUGCCGCUCUUGUCUGUGCUCUUUGCUGUGAUUAAGUGUCAACACUAUGAAAUAGGGCUGAGUACGAGCAUCUGCCCACACUGAGAUUCACUUUGCGACGCAUGAGGAAACUGCUGGCUUUCAUAUGUCAAGAUACAGUACAUGUCUUUAUGGGGUUGUUUCAGUACAGUCUGACUCCUAAUGAGGAAACAUACUAGCCGCUGUUCAAAUGGAGGUGCUCCCCAAACCAGAACUACACGAGUAAAUAAACUUUACAGUGAGAAUAAACUCUCCCAUGUAUGGCUUGAAUGAAACCAAAUGUGAUGUUGUGUGUAAACUACAGCGAGUACGCCUAUGGACGAACAUGUUUCACAUUUAAUGCACAAUUCUGUAUA